AUGGGUGCCUUCAGGGUUUCCAUUUUCCUGCUAUUUCUUGGUGCUUUUCUUCUUUGCGGUCGUAUUGAUGCUAGGAAGCUAGCUGCGAGUGAAAAGGGAGUGCAUGCAGUUGGUGACAAUAAAUCUUUCUUCCCUUAUACCCCUGUUUACGGUGGUGGAUUCGGUUGGCCUGGUGCCGGUGGUGGAUUAGGUGGUGGAGGUGGGGGUGGAGGAGGGGGUGGCAAAGGGGGAGCUGGAUAUGGUUUCGGCGGUGGUGUUGGAGGUGGGAUUGGGUCUGGAAAUGGAGGACUUGGAGGUGGAGGUGGAGGUGGCGGGGGCGGUGGUGGGGGCUCCAAUGGCGGUGGGUUUGGCGGAGGAUAUGGUGCAGGAUUUGGUGGUGGAACUGGAAGCGGGAGCGGGAUACCGUGA